AUGGCGGGUUCCCUUCAAUUAAAAAAUGCGAGUAUGGGAUCGAAUUAUAUUAAUCAGAAGAAAAGCCUAAUUAAGUUCGUUGGAUUCAGUACUUUUUCUUCUUCAAAAGUAAGAGCAAACGAUACAAAACUCCAUGAAAGUAGCAACAAGAAGAGCUUCCUCACUGCCGAAGUCUUUGUUGGUUUCUUGCAGGGCUGCACUAAUAAGAUAUCCUUGGCCGAAGGAAAACAAGUGCACACCCAAGUCGUCAAAGCUGGCCUAUCUCUGGGCAAUCAUCUUCUUCACAUGUAUGCGAAAUGCCAGUGCGCGGAGGAUGCUCGCCGAGUGUUUGACAAAAUUCAGGUACGAAACAGUUACUCGUGGAAUACAAUAAUUGCAGUGUAUGCUCAAUGUGGUAAUAUUGCGCUCGCAUCUUCCAUUUUUAAUGAAAUGCCUGCUAAAAAUGAGUUUUCUUGGAAUGCCAUGACUGAUGGAUAUAUCAAAUGUCGAAAUUUAGAGGACGCCCGCAAGCUGUUUGACGAAAUGCCUCAACGAAAUAUUUUCUCAUGGAACAUGAUGAUUGCAGGUUAUGUGAAAUGUGGGAUUUUCGAAGUUGCUCGUGAACUGUUUGACAAAAUGCCUGAACGGGACACAGUUUCUUGGAAUGCCAUGAUUGCAGGAUAUGCUAAAAAUGGACUGGCGGAUCAAGCCUUGACGCUCUACUGGGAAAGGUGGAGUUCGGGAUUUGGAUGCUUGCUCGAUUUGGAACAGGGGAAGACAAUCCAUGUUUCUGCUAUUAAAAUUGGACUCGUGUCGGAUGCCUUUGUGGAGAGUGCUCUUGACAUGUAUGCAAAAUGCCGUUGUAUAGAGGAUGCUCAACAGUUUCUGGUUAUUCAUGUUGUGGAAUUUGACAAAAUGCCUGAACGAAAUGUGUUUUCAUGGAAUGCAAUGGUAGGAGGAUAUGCACAGAAUGGGCAUGGGGAAGAAGCUGUAAGAUUAUGGCGUCAAAUGCAGAGUACUAGUAUUAAGAUGAACAAUGUGACUUUUGUUGAUGUUUUGAGUGCCUGUGCUAGCCUGGCAGUGUUAGAGCAGGGUAGGCAGAUUCAUGGUCAUGUUAUUAGAAGUGGAUUUGUGUCAGAUGUUGUUGUAGGUAGUGCUCUUCUUGACAUGUAUUCAAAAUGUGGCAGUGUAAAGAAUGCAUGGCAACAUUUUGAAGAAAUACCACAACGAGAUUUGAUUUCGUGGAAUUCUAUGAUUACAGCAUAUGCCCAGAAUGGCUACGGAAAGGAAGCCCUGCAGAUCUUUGAACAAAUGUUGCAGGUAGGCAUGAAGGCAAACCACAUUACCUUUAUUGGUGUUCUUUCUGGAUGCAAUCAUGCUAGUCUAGUGGGGGAAGGUUGUCGUUAUUUUGACUCAAGGAGUAGAGAUUAUUUUGUUACACCUAUAAUUGAGCAUUAUUCUUGUAUGGUCGACAUCCUUGGUCGAGCUGGGCACCUGGAUAAGGUGUUGGAUUUAAUAAAAAACUUGCCUUUUGAACCCAAUGCUACUGUUUGGGGAGCAUUGCUUGGUGCCUGCAGAGUUAAUGGCAACACGAAACUUGGAAAACAAGUGGCAGAGUGCCUCUUCAAGUUGGAGCCAGAAAGUCCUGGGCCUUAUGUGCUGCUCUCAAACAUCUACUCCGCAGCUGGCAUGUGGGAAGAUGCUGCAAAGAUACGAAAUUUUAUGAAAGAGAGGGGUGUUAACACAAAGCCUGCGUACAGCUGGACAGAGGUUAAUAACAAGGUGCAUAUAUUUUAUGUUGGAGACAGGUCAAAUCCUGAGAGAGAGGAAAUCUAUGCAACUCUGGAAAGACUCGCUACAGAGAUGAAGUUGGCAGGGUAUAUUCCUGAUACAAAUUUUGCGCUACAUGAUGUGGAGGACGAAUACAAGGAACACCUCCUUUUGUAUCAUAGUGAAAAAUUAGCUGUUGCUUUUGGCCUUAUUCGCACACCCCCUGGGACGCCUAUCCGCAUCUUUAAGAAUCUUCGUGUAUGUGGUGACUGCCAUACUGCGAUCAAGCUUAUAUCUAGUAUCACUGGAAGGGAAAUUGUUGUAAGAGAUGCUAUUCGCUUUCAUCAUUUCAGGGAAGACACAUGUUCUUGUGGGGAUUAUUGGUGAUUAAGAGUAUUUUUCAUAAGAGAGUGGGAUAUUGAAAGAUGAUUUUUCCAGCAAUAUUAACAAUGUUGAGCAUGUACAUUAAAGUUUCUGAUGGGUGCCAUUUUGCAUGAAUUUGUAUGUUGGAGAUAUAAAGAGGUCUUACUAUCAUCUGAUGGCACUUUCAGUGGUCGCACCAAUUUGUGAAAACACUAUUGUACGUCACUCUAAGAGUUGCAAACUUGGGUUCUGCAAAAUUAUCUGUCGUUUUAGCUCAGAAGAUUUUGGAGCGAAGUACAAUGAAAAGGUUCAUUGUAGAUAAUUCUGUUACCAUGCCUACAGGCUACAUGUUAUUUUUAAACGUAUUAUGGUUCUGCAACAAAGAUUUGUCACUUGAUUUUUUCAGCAUCUUUUAAUGAAGACUUACACAAAAUACAUGCGGCAAUUGAUAAAAAAGUACCCCAAGUACCCCACUGUGUUUGAACAGGUGCAAAUUUCGAGCCCAUGGUCGCAAGUAGCAGCCCAAAGCCUUCCUCUGUUAAGAAUGCCACUACACAUUCAGGAGAAAUAUCAAAAUUUUACAGAUUCGGUAUUCGAAAGGUUUCAUGGGACAACCUGUGCAAUAUCUUUCUCAAUGGGACCCCACCGUAACGAGUAUAAGUUUCAUUUGGCUUAUUGGCUGCUUUUGAUCUAUGAAAUGCAAUGUAGGCACAUUCUUUGAAAUUGUCUAUACAUGCUUUAUGGGGAUGUAAUUCUAAAAUCGUGAACUGCGAAGGAGGUAUAUUUAUUAUUUCUCUGUUGGUAAUGCUCUUUUCCAGUUCAUUUGUAAGCAACAAAUUUGAAACAGUAUACUUUCUCAUCGCACCUUGGUUCUAGAUAGAAAAUUAAUCUAGGGGAGAGGAUUCAGUAGUUGUGCAUCCUAAUUUCGCGCUUCUCAAAAUCUUACAUGGAAAUCUCAAAUCACUCCCAAUUUUUUACAGCAGCUUACUUGGCAAGUCCCCUGCUUAUAACUAAGGUUUCAGGGCCACAUCAUCAAGUAUGGUGCCACAUCAGCAUGCUUUUUGCCAAGGUGUCCAAAAGACCCCCCAAAAAGUGAAACCAAUAGUCGUGCAAAAGAGGCCCCUAUACUUGUGCAGCUGAUGUGGCAUCACAUGAUUGGUUGUUUUUUACAACUAAUGGUACAUUUCAUAGCAAUAACAACUUUAAAGUCACAACUCUUGGUACAAUGUAUUGUAAUUAUUAAUAUGU